AUCCUCAUUAAAAACUACUAGAGUUAUUAAAAAAAAAGGCAAAUAACUUUUUUAAUCUUCUAGUAGUAGCUACUUUACUAAAAUCCCAAAAAUGGAGGGCAAGAAAAAUUAUGUAUUAAAAGUAUUUGUCGUUCUUGCAUUAGUGCAAAUGAUGUUGGUUGGAAAUGUACAAGGAUGUGCUGGUGUUGGAGAAGGUUGUGGGGCUUUUAAUUGGUGUUGUAACGGAGGUUCAUGUUCAGAUUCCUUGAGUGGAGGUGUAUGUGUAUAUGACUCAUUCUCAGGUUGCAAGGGGUUUGGGGAAAGUUGUGGAUUUUUUGAUGCUCCAUGCUGUGGAAAGAGGGUUUGUUCAGCCACCCUUUCGGGUGGUACUUGUUCAGACUAACUGCGACGUCCAAAAUCUUCAACAAUAUAUUCUCAAUUAAUCAUCAUGGGAUCAUAUAUAUAUCUACUAAGGAGUAAUAUAUAUGCUACUGAUGAUAAGUAGUAUUAUUCCAGCAUUAUGUAUGUUUUAUUUGUCAUAUUUAAAUUGUUGCGUGUAUUUCACUUUUAUUUCCAUUUUAAUCCCACUGCUCAAAUUGUAAUUGUCCCCAGUGGAUUUGAUUUGGAGUGCAUAAUAAUAAGUUUUUUUUUUUAAGUAUUAA